GGAGGUCAGGGCUCGCCGCCACCCCCCGAGCCCCGGAUAACUCUCCAAGUGGGGGGGCAACCGGUGGACUUCCUAGUCGAUACAGGAGCUACCUAUUCUGUGCUGACUCAACCAUUAGGAAAACUGACCAAGCAAUCUGUCAAUGUGAUAGGAGCUACAGGGGGCCGAAAAUCGUACCCAAAGGUGACAGCUAGUCUGGCUCGACCUGGACAUAGACUGGUCCAACAUGAUUUUCUCUGGGUCCCUGAGUGCCCGGAUCCCCUUUUAGGGCGGGACCUUCUACAUAAAUUACAGGUGCAAAUUGACUUUGUUACGAAUGAACCUAGACUGAAGCUAGGGACUGAUACCCCCUCAAAAUCAGAGGGUAUUAGAGUGUUGGCUCUUGUCCCAGAAGGAGAAAGUUACCGCCUGCUGGGAAGUUUGUCUGGUGCACCCGAGUUGUCACGGACUGACUUAGAAUUAGAACUGCUGAACAAAUGGAAACAGGAGAUUCCAGAAGUCUGGGCAGAAAACAACCCUCCAGGGCUAGCAGUCAACCAAGUCCCCCAUGUGGUAGAACUCUUGCCUCAGGCACGCCCCAUCUGCUUAAGGCAAUACCCAAUAAGCCUGCAAGCCCGGAAAGGAAUUAAAGUCCACAUACAGAGACUAAGAGACAAUAAUAUUCUCAUUCCUUGUGUCUCUCCCUGGAACUCGCCCUUGCUCCCAGUUCAGAAACCGGGGACGAAUGACUAUCGCCCUGUACAGGAUCUCCGAGAGGUUAAUAGACGAGUGCUGACUCUACACCCAACAGUGCCAAAUCCUUACACCCUGCUCAGCCUCCUUAAUCCGGAGAACACCUGGUACUCUGUCCUGGACUUGAAGGAUGCCUUCUUCACCCUGCCUCUUGCUCCGGUGAGUCAACCCCUAUUUGCCUUCGAGUGGACUGACCCAGAUACAGGGGUAAAGGAACAGCUGACCUGGACACGUUUACCUCAGGGCUACAAGAACUCUCCCACCCUUUUUGACGAGGCGUUAGCAAGAGAUCUCUUAGGAUUUAGAGAGGAACACCCCGAGAUAGUGCUCCUUCAAUAUGUAGAUGAUUUGUUGAUAGCCUCAACGUCCCUAGAAACAUGUCAAGAGGCAACUGAGGAGUUGUUAAAGACUUUGGGACGAUUAGGCUAUAAAGUCUCGGCUAAAAAGGCUCAACUGUGUCGCCAGGCCGUGACUUACCUGGGCUAUAAAUUACAAGAAGGAAAGAGGACUUUAUCAAAAGAAAGAAUCCAGGCCAUAUUACAAAUCCCAUCCCCAGAAACUAAGAAACAGGUGCGGGAGUUUCUGGGAGCUGUCGGAUACUGCAGACUAUGGAUUCUAAACUUUACUGAAAUCGCUCGCCCAUUGUAUGACUCUUUAAAGGGAGAGACUCAAAAGUCGCUCGACUGGACAGAUGAGUGCGAGCAGGCUUUCCAACAGCUCAAGCGAGCUCUGACUGAGGCUCCAGCCCUGGGGCUCCCUGAUGUUACUAAACCCUUCACCUUGUUCGUAGAUGAACUCAGAGGCAUAGCAAAAGGGGUUCUGACUCAAGAUAUUGGCCCUUGGAAGAGACCUAUAGCCUAUCUUUCUAAAAGACUCGACCCAGUGGCAGGAGGGUGGCCUCCGUGCCUGAGAAUUUUGGCCGCUGUGGCAAUGCUACUCAAAGAGGCUAAGAAGCUCACUUUUGGACAAAAGAUUUCUGUGGUAACCUCCCACAGCCUAGAGACUCUUAUUAAAACCCCCCCAGAAAAAUGGCUUUCAAAUGCCAGAAUUCUACACUAUCAGGCCUUGCUUCUAGACCCAGAAUCAGUAGUUUUCAAGACCUCCUCAGCUCUAAACCCAGCCACUCUCAUGCCCGACGAUAACCCAGAAAACCAACAGAUGCCUCUCCAUGAGUGUGCUGACAUUCUCGAGUUACAGCAGAACUUGCGAGCUGAUCUAACCGACCAGCCUUUUAAGGACGCUUACAAUUAUUUCACCGACGGAAGCAGUUUCAUUCAGGACGGGAGGCGAGUGGCCGGCGCAGCAGUGACCACCGAGAAAGAGGUACUCUGGGCUAAGCAGUUAGAGCCUGGCACUUCUGCCCAAAAGGCAGAGCUCAUUGCUCUGACAGAGGCAUUAAAGCUAGCCUCAGAAAAGAGGAUAAACAUCUACACAGACAGCAGAUAUGCUUUUGCUACUGUACAUGUACAUGGAGCUAUUUACCAUGAACGCGGUCUCUUGACCUCGGCCGGGACUAAGAUUAAAAAUGCCCCACAGAUCCUAGACUUGCUAGCAGCUGUCUGGCUACCUCAGCAAGUCGCUAUUAUUCAUUGCAAGGCACACCAAGUGGGAGAUGACCCCAUCAUCAUAGGAAACAAUUUGGCCGAUCAGGCUGCCCGAAAAAUAGCAACCACAUCAGAGGGGCCUGCAGAGGAAAUGACUGCCCUGAUGCUAGUCCCUCAAGCCUUGUCAGAGCCUGUUUAUUCGAAGACAGAUUUACAGCUAGCAUCUCAACUUGGAGCCAAACCCCGCACUCCAGGGGGCUGGUAUCAGCUGCCCGACAAGCGAGUGCUGUUACCCGAAGCACUAGGACGAGAGCUUUUGCAGCAAGCUCAUCAGGCUACUCAUUUAGGAGGAACUAAACUAGCAGAAUUGUUCAGAGAUCGAUUUUUCAUUCCAAAGCUCUCCAAACUAACUGCCUCUCUGAGCUCUAGAUGUCCACAGUGUUUGUUGGUCAACCCAACCAGGAAACCUCCACUGGAAACCACCCGGUAUCGAGGAACCUCCCCAGGAGAACACUGGGAAGUGGACUUCACGGAUAUGUCCUUACAGAGUCUCCAGCCUGUACUGACCUCAAUUCACCGGCUGUUCAGACAAAAACAUCCGAACCCCCCCUUGGGAACGCUGCCCCAAGCGUCAAUUGAGCCAGGAACGUCGGUCCUGGUGCGACGACACCACCGGGAUUCGCUUGAGCCGCGCUGGGAGGGACCGUUCACCGUGGUGCUCAGCACUCCCACCUCCGUCAAGGUAGCAGGAAAGACUGCGUGGAUCCACCACACACAAGUCAAACCACUGGAAGCUACAGACGACAAAAAGGGUCCCCGAUGGACAGUACAACGGACUGGUAACCCAUUAAAGUUAAAGUUUGUAAAGGACUCUCAGCCAUAAAAUUAUGUCUGUACUAUGGUAUUUGGCUUGGUGCUCGAUUAUAAUUGUAAACCCCGGGAAUGGGGACUGGAUUGUUUCAGACGAGAAAACUAAAAGGGAACUAGGGAGAGCUAAAGGCACGAUAAAUCAAGUCACCAUUGACCUAUGUAUACUUUUCAAUGGGAUAAUAAUUAAUGAUGACAGCCCAACUGGCAGGGUAGGUGGGUCGGUCCACCGUAACCUCUGCUCGGGCCGUGGGCCUAAAGCUCUGCAAGUUAUGUUCCAACUCAAGCAGGCAUCCCUAUAUGUAUGUCCUAAAAACCAGCCUGACCCCAAUUAUAAUGUGUACUGUGCCUCCGAUCCAAAACAUCAAUAUUGUUAUUCGUGGUCAUGUGUCACAGGAGGCCUAGAUGGAUACUAUAACUCUAAAAAGUAUCUCGCUGUCAAGUACAUAGGAAACAAAAACUGUUAUGGUGUUUAUACUUGUAACCCAGUCCAGCUGACCUUUCUAAAUCCAACAGAUUUUAGGUGGCUGGGGCAGGGACUUACUUACGCUGUUAAAAUUUAUAAAUCUGGACAUGAUCCUGGAAUUAGUAUCAAUAUCUUAUACAAGCCACCUAGAAAGCCUCCUGUAGUCAUUUACAGGAGAGGACGCCGCCCAGUGACAGCCCCCACUCAGAAGGCACCCAUUAAUUUCCCACUCAGUCGACCCCGGAGGCACACUCCGACGACUAAAGUGACUGAGGCCACAUACAAUGGGAGCAUUUACCACACAGACCAGCCCCAGAUAAAGCUGUGUAAAUGGAGGGGGGAAGGGGGCAUCCCGUACUGGAUAGAGAUUAGAGUGCCUAGCCUCGAUCCAACCUCGAUGCAACCUUCAACGAGGGCUACAAAAACUGGUUUGAGAAGGUCUAGACGGGCACAGACUGAGCCCAAAGCCUCCGCCCCACCUUCAAUGAUAGCGGAAAUAUUCCAACCUUUGGAAGUAGCAGCUGAGCUACUUAACAGUUCCCUUGAUAGCGAUUUAAAAAUCCCAUGCUGGCUGUGCAUGUCCCCAGAGCCCCCCUUCUAUGAGGGCUACAUCACGGUCACUGAUAAACUAGCCUCCGAUCCCUCUAGAUGCAAAAUGCUCCUUCCCCAAUCGCUAUGGAAAGGCACCAGUUUAGAGGGGAUAACUGGUACCUGCAUAUAUCAUUU